AUGUUAAAAAAAGAAAAUGUUGCUACUUCAUUUGAUAAUAUACGACGAUCAAUAUCUGGCGAUAAACUUCAUCGAAGAAAUCCAAUUACUGUUCGACAAGAAAUUCAAUCAUUCGACGAUGUUAUACUUGAAACAACGCUUUCUGAUGUACAAUUAAAUGAAUUACCGGGAUUACAAAAUACAGAAGAAUGGAAACGUAUUGCUACUCGAUCUUUUCAAGCACCAUCUCCACUCUCUCAUAAAUAUGAUCAAACAAAAGUUUCAACAGUUGAACUACAAAAUGAACAAACGCAAGAUGUAUUAGAAUCCUAUCGUCAAACACAGGAUACAGAAAAUGAAGGCAAUAAAUCCACUCUCGGUUCAGCUCUAUGGCGUACACCAGGUCGUCGAAUAUUAUUUAUGUUAUCAAUCAUUGCUAUUAUAGUAGCCAUUAUAGUUGCGGUUGUUGUUGCAGUUGUCUUAGUUCGAAAACCUAGUCAAAUAAUAACGGAUUAUUAUUCGGGUUAUAUACUUGUUCGAGCUCGUUUUGAUCCUCUACUAUUAUCUUCAUCAUCAACAUUAACUCUUAAUUAUCGGCGAGAGUUUUGUUCAUUAAUCGGCAAAGCAUUAAUUGAUACAAAAACUAAAUAUGCCAUAUUUUAUUCUUCUUGUCAUAUAGAUAAUUUUCGUAAUGGAAGUAUAAUAGGUGAUUUUAUACUUGGUUUUACACGUUAUCAAAAUGUAACACGACUUAAUGCAUUUCUUAAUCGUACAUUAAUUCAUCAACAAUUAUUUGGUGGUACUGUUUUAUCAAUUGUAUUUAAUUCAACUAUAAUUGAAGAUACUAACAGUAGUGAUUAUAGUGCUGAUUAUGAUGUAACAGACCUGAUAAAUACAUCAAUAUCGAACCAAGAUAUAUUAAGUUCUUCGAAUGAUAAAUUAAGUCAAAACAUGGUUGUUAUUAGUUCAAAUAGUCAAGACCUAGAAAUAACUGAGGAAGAAUAUUUGACAAGUAUAUCAACAUCAGCUACUGAACAAUCUAAACAACUCGAUAAACAACAAACACGGAUUGAACAGCAUUUAUUACAAAAUAAAUUAGUAUUACCCAAACAAGAUUACAAUACUGAUCAGCCAUUAUAUAAUGAUAAGUCAAGUCUUUCUCUUACUACAGUAUCAUAUCAUUGGAGUUUACUUGAUACUCUUACUGAAAUUCAUCAUAGUUCUGUGACAAAACUUUAUGAACAGAAAUUUACGGAUAGAGAACCUAUUAACAUCGAAUAA